UCAAGCUCUACAGUUCUUCUAAAGCAGUGUUAUUGCUGGAAGUUACCGGAAAUCCACUGGAAGACCACUGGAAGUAAAAUUAAUAUGGACUGGGGGCUUUGGAAGGAGUUUCCAUUAUUAAAAGUUAAAUUUUAA